GCCACGCCGAGCAGCCGUGGUUGGUUGAACAAAAAUGGCAACGUAUGGCGACGAGCCAGUCGACAGCUGUUUCUACUCAUCUUACAACCCCUACACGGGCAGAUACCCCAGGCCUAAAGACGCGGGGUGGAAAUAUAAAAAUUACUUCUCCCACUAUGGGGACGCUUCAGACGCCUUUAACAACCAGCAGCGCGCUCAGCUGAAGUCCAUCUUAUCCCAAAUCAACCCCAAACUCACCCCGAGGCUCAGGAAGGCGAACACCAAGGAUGUGGCGGUGCAGGUCAACCCCAAGAGAGACGCCUCGGUGCAGUGCUCCAUCGGCCCGCGGACACUCCUGUCCAUGAAGCGGGACUUCCGGCGCAAACGGAGGCAGGAGCCCGCGACGCCCGGCGGCAGCGUCAGCCCCCGGGCGGCGGCGGGCGUAGUGCGUUACCCCCGCACCCUCGCCGUGUACUCGCCUAUCGCCUACAGAAGCGUUACCUCCUUCCUGGUGGAUGACAACAACAACAAUAAGGAAGCCUCUUGUGGUGAGGCGCCGCCCGCGGAGCCGCCCGGUGACCCGCCCGAGUCCGCGGGGAAAGGCGACGGGAAGAGGCGCGAACAUACGCGGGCCGUGGAGGACGGAGAGACCGCCAAGCUCCCGGAGCAGCGGGAGACGCUCGGGUCCAAACAGGGGAAGAGCGAAGAUGUGCAGCCAACCGCAGAGGGGUCAAAGGGCAAGGCGCGUGUGCGGUUCCAGUUUCUGGAACAGAAGUACGGAUAUUAUCACUGCAGAGAAUGCAAUCUGCGAUGGGAGAGUGCCUAUGUGUGGUGUGUUCAGGGCACCAACAAGGUUUACUUCAAGCAGUACUGUAGGAAAUGCCAAAAGGACUUCAACCCAUAUCGCGUUGAGGACAUUACAUGUCAUACUUGCAACAAAGCACGUUGUUCCUGUGCAAUAACACAACGCCACGUCGACCCCAAACGGCCCCACAGACAGGACUUGUGCGGCAGAUGCAAAGGCAAGCGGCUCUCCUGUGACAGCACUUUCAGCUUCAAAUACAUCAUCUAGGGGAUCUCGACUGAACUUUGACUUUAACACAUCAGUGCAAGUCCUAGUGGAUGUAAAGCAUAUAUAUAUAUAUUUGAUGUUUCAACACUUUAUUUCAUGCCUGUUUUGUGUUGAUGAAAUUGGUAAGAACCACACAGUUUACAAUGUAAUAAAUGGCUACCAUGCACUCUGUACACUGAAGCAUUGUUUUCACAUCAGUCUACUGAGGUACAGUGGUGAGAAUAGAGGAAAAUGCAACUUAAAUAGAUGUGUAUGCUUCAAUGAAGUCAUUAACCUGUGUACGAUGUAACCUCAGACGCUUAACGUAGCCCUAUUAAAAUCAGAAACUGAC